UUGAGCAUUCAAAGUUUUGCGGGGUGGGGGAGAGACAGAGUACUCUGGAGUAUGGACGUGCGAGCACUUGCUGCACAUAGAUAAUUUUGUUUUUGACGAAGUCAGCUGUCACAGAAGAAAAAAAAAAGGAAGAAGAAGAUGUUUGUGGCACGCAUCAUUUUUUUGAUUAUUGUAAAGAUAAAUUAAUUAAGAAUCAAUUAGUUCCUUUCCUUAAUGUGGAUCAAAGAGAUGCGACAUGCAAAUCACUACGAAGAUGGUCUUAGGCAUGCUAUCCACGUCCAAGUGUAUGCUCCUCCUUCCUACUUUAAGCAGUUGGGGGAUCUCUCGUUUCAUCCUCACACAGUUUAUUCUUUUCGAUUCCAUGGCACGUCCCAUUUCAGAAGUAGUUUUUCCCUCAACAAACAACAUUGCUCGAGAACUAGAUGAAAUUUACAAGGAUCUGCAUGAACUUGACUUCAUUUCAAUUGAAGGAACUAGAACCCUGGAGAACAAGGAGAGCCCGCAAAAGGAAAAACAGAUAUCUGUUGAUCCAAAAUCAUUAAGAGAACCAUCCAUGGGAGAAAAAAGCUUCAACAUGAUGUUACCUCCUAUAAACGCGCCUCCAGGGGACACUGCCGUCCCUCUUCCACCCCCUCUGCUACCUGCAAAGCACAAGUUCUUAAGUUGUAGCCUUCCAAACUCUGCAACCUCUUCUCCUCGAUUUAGCUCAUUUCUGUCAAGGAAGAACUUGAAAAAUGAAAGUCAAGCAUCUCCUCGACAGGUUGACAAGUUGGUCCAUAAGCACUCAUCUGCAGCACAAUAUCAUCAGGCUCUGCAGAAAGACAACCAGUUUUGGAGAAGCAAAUCCUGUGGUGAAGGAAGAACAUGUGCACCACCCGAUGAACUUGAUGAUCUUUGGCUGUACAAUGCAAAUGACCUUCAAUACAAGAACAAGCAUCGUGGUCACGGCACUUUAAUCUCCAAUACCAAUGUAAACAAUGAUAUUCGUCAUAAGAGUAGUAAGAACAUGGACAGUAAUAAUGAAGAUGACUUCAAAUGCAGCGCCCUUUGUUUGUUCCUACCAGGCUUUGGUAAGGCAAAGCCAGUGAGACCAAGAAAGCCAGAAGCAGUGGUGAUGGAGAAUAAUGUGAUAUCCAGAACAGUUUCCCUGGAAAAGUUCGAAUGUGGAUCCUGGGCUUCAUCAACCAUGAUACCAGACCAUGAUGACGAUGGAGACUCCAUGAAUCUCUAUUUUGACCUGCCAUUGGAGUUGAUCGAAAAUCUUGGGAACGAUGCACAUUUACCGGUUUCCGCUGCCUUUGUGUUUGAUAAAGACAUAAAAGGGGUCCUGAAAAAUGGUUCAACCUCAACAAGAGCAACAGGCAGGAAAUCCCACGAAUCAUCUCGCCAUGUUAGGUUCUCUACAUCAUCCCCAACAUCAUACCCUGCCUCACCUGCUUCUUGCAUCACACCUCGCUUGCGUAAGGCUAGGGAGGAUUUUAAUGCCUUCUUAGAAGCACAAAGUGCAUGAAAUUGUCUUACUCAACCUGUCAACAUUUUCUUUUUUCCCACUUUAUUUACAGGUGAGGCACUGCCCCAAGAAAAUAAACUGUAUGUUACAGGCGAGCGUAUGCCAGCAACCCAAUGAACUUUUUUUGUUCGAAAGCAAUCCAAUGAAUUUAAACGAGGAGACAUACGCGAUGAAACCCAACUUUUCUUCUUUACUAUGUUGGUAUGAUUCACUUUGCAAAUAGCAUUGCCAUGAUCGGCUAACAAAUUAAGAUGUUCAAUCGACCUGAUACAAAAUGCAGUGGCGCUAAACAAAGCAAAAAGCAAGAGUCCAUAAAGCAAACCAAGCACGUUAGCCACCUCAACGGAUGCUUUGGGGGCGUGGCCCAUCCCCUAGCCUCCUAAGCCCAAUUGCUUAUAGCCAAUGGACCAAAUUGUUCUUUAUUUUUCUUUUUCAUUAAAAGCAUAAAACUGUCAUGAUAGUAGGAUCUUGUUUUUUUUGGAUAAUAAAAAAAUGUAUGUAUCCAAAGAAAAACAGGAAUACCCUGGGAACAAGGAAAACAAAUGGAUCAAACAAUUGUUCACCCUAAACUCCUUGUUUAUAUCAGCUACAAUAUUCUGCAAGUCGUACGAUCUAUAUCUAACAGUCUCUAUAAUGCAAUGCAAGAUACCUUCCUGGGUUCUCCUUUGUUCUGCCAAAAGUUCUAUCAGCUUUCAAAUGACGUAAGUGUUGGCGACCUUAAGACAACAGAGAGCAAUGCUUGGCCUUUUAGCCUUUGGCUAGCCCAGUGAAAUUCGCUUGUCCAGUCCUGAACCAUUCUUUGAAUGCCACACAUUUAAAACCUGCUGCCAAACAAUCUCUGGACUCCACCUCCUGAUCAUAAAAAACAUAUGUAGUGCUCAACUGUGAACAAGCUGUACUUCAAGAACUCAUUCUCUGUUUUUGUAUAUAACCUGCGAAGAAUGGCCAUCAUGCUAUUAUAGCAAGCCAAAGUUGUCAUGAUAUCAAAGUUGAAUAUAAAAAUAAAUUAAAUAAAGAUAAAUGAAAUAAAAAA